AUGUUCACUACGACGCAGUCCCAAGGUGAACCCCUACGUAGCUUUAUGGAAAGGUUCAAGCAAGCAGCUCGCGACACCGCCGACAUGCCCGACAGCGUCCCAUUGGAAGCACUCCGUAACGGCCUCUGGUACGACUCCAAGUUCAAAGAGGACUUGUCGCUAAAGCCUCCCUUGACCUUCGAAGACGCGUUCCACCGUUCCCGGAGCUACAUCUUCCUUGAGGAAGACAAGCGCUUCUAUGCCGAGAGACACAGAGAUAAGAGGACAGCCCCAUCCAAACCCAGAGAAGAAGCCGUGGAGAUACGGAGAAGGCAUGACCCCAAGAGGUCACUCCUCACAGCGUUCGCAGCAGCCGACGACGAGUCCAAACAAGAAUAUGCCGCAGCGAUCUCAACGCCGCAGGAUGCUACUCCACUUGGAGAUGACAACGACGCCAAAGUCUUCUGCAAAUUCCACGGAAGAAUUGGCAACGCCACUGAAAACUGCAAGCACCUCAUCAGCAACCUCAUCCACAUGUACCAUCGAGGAGAAAUCCCGCCGAUGGACGGCGACAGAUCCCAAGGGAAAGGCUUCCCGCCGAGACCACCCAAACCGGGACAACAAGAGAAGUGA